GGAGCGGAAGCCCGUCAAAACACCUACAUGAAUAACAAGUCUCUAACUUCCUGGGACGGCACUGGAGGAGUGGGAGAGAAAGAUGGAAGUGGCAAGCUACGAGGGAAAGAAACAAAGGCUCAAUAUGCGCAUGGACUGAUUGUAGUCAGUGAAGGGGAAUAUAUGCGCAGCCAGAGUCCCUGAGAUCCUG